AUGACAAAGACAAUAGGAUACCGAGACUGGCGAUGGCAGGCUCUUUUGUGGCAUUUUGUCUUGUGGACUACAGGGGACGCACAGACGCGUUACAGCAUCCCAGAGGAGCUCAAACGAGGUUCGGUAGUGGGCAAUUUGGCCAAAGAUCUGUCUUUAGGACUGUCUGAGAUAUUUGAGCGCAAGCUGCGCGUCGCCUCCGAGGCUGGUAAGCAGUAUUUCAGCGUGGAUGCGGGGAAGGGCGAGCUGCUGGUCAACGACAGAAUAGACAGAGAGGCUUUAUGCAGACAAAGCACGAGAUGUGUGCUCCCUCUGCAGGUUGUUUUAGAAAAUCCGUUACAAUUGCAUCGAAUUGAAGUGGAAAUAGGAGACAUUAAUGAUAAUUCCCCUCGUUUUCCAACACAGGAAAUCAAUCUUAAAAUACCAGAAUCCGUUGCAGUAGGUAAACGUUUUCCUUUGGAGAGUGGAGAGGAUCCUGAUGUUGGAGGAAAUUAUUUGAAAACAUACACUUUAAGUAAAAAUGAUUAUUUUUCCCUAAAGUUCAAAGACGAAUCAAAUAGUCUUACUGCACCAGAGUUGGUACUAGAAAAAUCAUUGGACAGAGAAAAAUUGUCGUUACACCAGCUGCUAUUAACUGCAUUGGAUGGAGGAAACCCUGUUAAGUCUGGAACAUGUAAAAUCAAAAUUGACGUGCUUGAUAUUAAUGACAAUUUUCCUGUAUUUGAUGAAAAAGAGUAUAAAGUUUCUUUAAAAGAAAAUAGCACAAAGGGAACUUUAAUUUGGACACUGAAAGCUGCAGAUAUUGAUCAGGGUGUUAAUAGUGAAAUUACAUAUUAUUUUGGGGCUCGCACUUCAGAAACUGUAUUAUCUACAUUUGAAAUUAAUGAACAAACUGGACAAAUUGUUUUAAAGGGGGAACUAGACUAUGAGGCUUUUUCUUCAUAUCUGAUUGACAUAACCGCUAAAGACAAAGGUGUGCCUCAAAUGGAGGGCCACUGUCGGCUACAUCUUGAUAUUGAAGACAUAAAUGAUAAUGCUCCAGAAAUUAUUUUGACUUCUAAACCAAGUCCUGUACAGGAAAAUUCUCCACUUGGCACAGUGGUAGCACUGAUUAGCGUCAAAGACUUAGACUCAGGCGAUAAUAGCAAAGCAUUGUUGCAGCUACCAAAAGACUCCCCAUUUACUCUUAAACCAUCUUUUUCUAACAAUUAUGCCUUGGUCACCAAUGCUGCUUUGGACCGAGAGAAAGUGUCUGAGUAUAAUAUUGAGAUUACAGCUACUGAUUCAGGCUCUCCUCCUCUCUCUAGUCAGAAAACAAUAGCCGUCAGCGUCUCUGACGUCAAUGACAAUCCUCCUGUAUUCUCUCAGAGCUCUUACAAUGUCUAUCUAAAAGAGAACGAAGCAGCAGGUUCCAUACUGUUCUCUGUGUCUGCGAGGGACUCGGAUGCGGGUGAAAACGCCAAAGUGUCUUACUCCAUUAUGGACUCUAAACCUCAUGACAUUUCUGUGUCGUCUUACGUUUAUGUGAACUCUGAGAAUGGCAGCAUCUACAGCAUGCACUCAUUUGACUACGAAAAAGUCAAAGUGUUUAACUUUCAAGUAGAGGCAAAGGACCAGGGCUCUCCAUCCCUCAGCAGCAACGCCACCGUCCAUGUUUUCAUCCUGGACCAGAAUGACAACGUCCCUUCUGUUAUCUACCCCUCCCCCCAUGCUGCCUCUCACUUGAGGGUGCCCCGUUUAGCUAAGGUGGGCCACCUGCUUACCAAGGUGACUGCCGUGGAUGCAGACUCGGGCCACAACGCGUGGAUCUCGUACAAAGUGGUGGAGGCCACGGACGCAUCUCUUUUCUCGCUGACUUUGUACACAGGAGAGGUGAGGACUAAACGUCCCAUGUCAGAGCAUGACGAGUCCUCUCAGAGGUUGAUCGUAGAGGUCAAGGAUGAUGGGGAACCAAUCCGCUCGACCACCAUCACACUUUCCAUUCUGUUAGAGGACGGCCUGCUCGAACCCAUGUUGGAGCUGAGACACAGAUCGGCGUCUGAACCCAGCAUGAAAGGGGGGAGAAUGACACUUUAUUUAAUCGUGUCACUGGCCUCGGUUUCCGUACUGUCUCUCCUAACUUUGCUGGUCUUAGCGGUGAAAUGCAUGAGGAGCAGCACGAGUGGUGCUAGUUGCUGCUUGAGACGGACACACUGUGACGAGGACAAGAAGCCCAACAGAAAUCUACAAAUUCAGCUUAACACUGAUGGACCUAUCAAGUAUGUGGAGGUUCUGGGAGGAGAUGUCAUGUCUCAGAGUCACUCCUUCAGGUCCUGCAUGUCUCCCAUGUCAGAGUAUAGUGAUUUUACUUUGGUGAAGCCAAGCAGUACCACUGAUUUUAAGGAGGUUAUCAGCGUCCUGGAUGCCUCUUUACCUGACAGUACCUGGACCUUUGAGAGCCAGCAGGUGAGCACCAAAAGAUGUUUGCUUUAUAAUGAAGCAAGGAUGACAAAGACAAUAGGAUACCGAGACUGGCGAUGGCAGGCUCUUUUGUGGCAUUUUCUCUUGUGGACUACAGGGGACGCACAGACGCGUUACAGCAUCCCAGAGGAGCUCAAACGAGGUUCUGUUGUGGGCAAUUUAGCCAAAGAUCUGUCUUUGGGACUGUCUGAGAUAUUUGAACGCAAGUUGCGUGUCGCCCCUGAGGCUGGUAAGCAGUAUUUCAGCGUGGAUGCGGGGAAGGGCGAGCUGCUGGUCAACGACAGAAUAGACAGAGAGGCUCUAUGUGGACAAAGCGCCACCUGCGUGCUCCCUCUGCAGGUCGUUAUCGAGGACCCACUGCAGUUGCACAGAAUAGAGGUUGAAAUACGAGACAUUAAUGAUAACGCCCCUAUUUUUAUUUCUAAAGAAUUAUCCUUAAAAAUAGCCGAAUCUGCGGCUGUAGGAACACGUUUUCCUUUAAAGAGCGCAGCUGACCCUGAUGUGGGAAUCAAUGCUAUUCGAUCAUAUACUUUAAGUAAAAAUGACUGCUGCUCUCUUAGAAUAAAACAAAUAGAAGGUGGAAAAUCGGUUCCUGAGCUUGUGCUGGAUAAACCUUUAGACCGAGAGAAGAAGGCAAUGCAUACAUUUGUAUUAACAGCAUUAGAUGGGGGCAUUCCGGUCAGAUCAGGAACAUCAGAAAUAACCAUAAAUGUACUUGACAAUAAUGAUAACUUUCCUGUGUUUGAGAAAAAUCUCUACAAAGUAACCCUGGCUGAAAAUGUUGUAAAAGGAACAAUUAUUAUUAGAAUAAAAGCAACAGAUGCGGAUGAUGGUUCAAAUGGUGAAAUUGACUUCUCAUUUAGCACGUCAAGUCCAGAUUCUGUAUUAUCAAUGUUUGAUAUGAAUCCCACUACUGGUGAGAUGAGGUUAAAAGGGGAGUUAGAUUAUGAGAAAACAAAGUCAUAUGAUAUCGAUGUAACAGCUAAAGAUAGAGGCAGCCCUGAGAUGGAGGGUCAUUGUCGCGUGCAGGUUGAUGUGAUGGACUUUAAUGAUAACCCUCCUGAAAUUGUCCUCACCUCUCAGCCCAAACCUGUACGUGAAGAUGCCCGUAGUGGUACUGUCGUGGCUCUCAUUAGUGCUCGUGAUCUUGACUCGGGUGAUAAUGGUAAUGUGACAUUAUAUCUAAAGAAGGGAUCUCCAUUUGAACUUAAAAGUUCAUUUUCUAAUAAUUAUGCUUUGGUGACCAAAGGUGAUUUGGACCGAGAGAGUGUGUCAGAGUAUAUCAUUGAGAUAACAGCCACAGAUUCAGGUUCUCCUGCUCUCUCUAGUAAGAAAACAAUAGCUGUCAGCAUAUCUGAUGUCAACGACAACCCUCCUGUAUUCUCUCAGAGCUCUUAUAAUGUUUAUUUAAAAGAGAACAGAGUAGCGGGCUCUAUAUUGUUUUCCGUGUCUGCGAGCGACAUGGACAUUGGUGAAAACGCCAAAGUGUCUUACUCCAUCGUGGAGUCUAAAGCUCAUGAUGUGUCGGUGUCGUCUUAUGUCUACGUGAACUCUGAUAACGGCAGUAUUUACAGCAUGCACUCGUUUGACUACGAGAAAGUCAAAGUGUUUAACGUUCAAGUGGAGGCGAAGGACCAGGGCUCUCCGUCCCUUAGCAGCAACACCACCGUCCAUGUUUUCAUCCUGGACCAGAACGACAACGCACCUGCCGUCAUCUAUCCCUCCCCCCACGCUGCCUCCCACUUGAGGCUGCCCCGCUCAGCUAAGGUGGGCCACCUGCUUACCAAGGUGACUGCUGUGGACGCGGACUCGGGCCACAAUGCGUGGAUCUCGUACAAAGUGGCGGAGGCCACAGACACCUCUCUCUUCUCGCUAACUUUGUACACAGGAGAGGUUAGGACUAAACGUACGGUGUCCGAGCAGGACGAGUCCUCUCAGAGGCUGAUCGUAGAAGUCAAGGAUAAUGGGGAACCAGUCCGUUCGACGACUGUCACCCUUUCCAUCCUGCUGGAGGACGGCGUGAGCGAGCCCGUGUUGGACCUGAGACACAAAUCGGCGUCUGAGCCCAGCAUGAAAGGGGGCAAAAUCACGCUUUAUUUGAUUGUGUCUCUGGCCUCGGUGUCCGUGCUGUCUCUGCUCACUCUGCUGGUCUUAGCAGUGAAAUGCAUGAGGAGCAGCACGAGUGGUGCUAGUUGCUGUGUGAGACGGACUCAAUUUGAUGAGGACAAGAAGCCCAACAGAAAUCUACACAUUCAGCUUAACACUGAUGGACCUAUUAAGUAUGUGGAAGUAAUGGGAGGAGACGUCAUGUCUCAGAGUCACUCCUUCAGGUCCUGCAUGUCUCCCAUGUCAGAGUACAGUGAUUUCACUUUGGUCAAGCCCAGCAGCACCACUGACUUUAAGGAGGUUAUCAGUGUCCUGGACGCCUCUUUACCCGACAGCACGUGGACCUUUGAGAGCCAGCAGGUGAGCAGACAGUUGCCACAUUGA